AAAUGAUAUAGUCUGGGCGGUAUUUCAAGCCUCAUGAAAACACAGGUUCAUUUUAUGUUAUCGUCGGCCUUCAUGAGAUUUCUGACAUGCGUUUAUUGCCACUGGCUUUAACAAGUCUACAGGUUUACUCUGUGGUAUUCGGAAGCUACGAGGAAUAUGUAAUAUUGCCAGACAAUUCAGAUUACUGCCGGAGUCACUCUGGCUUUAGAAGAUUUUCGCUUUCUAGGCAGAUGAGUUUUGUCACCGGAUUAUAUAAUUCGUCAUGGAACAAUCUGUUAUAUGCUUGUAAGAUAAAAGUGUAUCCAAAUGGAAGACUUCUACAUUAUUCUUAUCCUGAAGGACAUACAUCAUACUGGUUCCAUAGACUACGGGUUUCUAUUAAUUUUACCUCUUGCAAUGACUUUUUGACUAUUGGGUUUAUACCCGAAGAAAUCACUCAACCUACUUUACUUCCAUAUGAGUUAAAUUUAACCUGUACAUUUACAUUUCCGCAAAUCAUCGAUUCAAAGCAUCGUAUUGUGUCAUUGGUUUGGCAUACAGAGUCCGGUUCAAUUGAGGAUGUAAAAUCUAAACUAGAUGUUCAAAUGUCAGCAUACAUGCGAUUCGAAGGAACUUUCAGUCUUACUGAUAAAAUGCGUCGAUGUGAAGUAGGCUCUGGAUUUUGGUGUGGAAAUCAAACUGCUGUUUGUGUUUACGGUCAAAUGCGCUGUGAUCAAGCAGAUGAUUGCUUUGAUGGGGGAACUGAUGAAAUUGGUUGUCCACCUGUUCGUAAUUAUACAUAUGUUCAACCGAGACGUCCUUUGAACAGUUGGUCAGUAUACUUACCGUGGACGGCAUUAGGAUUAAUCCCUUUAAUAUUAGUAUUUGCUUUGGGACUUAUCUGUGCACCUCGAAAAUCUCUAGAUGAACUUGAAGAUGAUGAUCUUAGUCAAGAAAAUGAAUGUUUAAAAACUAUUUUCUCACCAAUGACUUCUUCAUCAGCAGCUUCACCUACUUUAUCUGAAUCAAGUUCACCUAGAUCUAUUCAAUCUAUUGCUGCUUGUUCUACUGGAGAUAAAGUUAUUGUUUGUGCGUCAGAAUUAACCCGGUCAUUAUCUCAUCCAAGUCUAUCUGAUAUGGUACGCACAACAUUUAUUACUAACGAAACUAACAAGCAAAAAUCUUGUCUUCUUAGCUCAAACAAUAAUACGGAACAAGAUCCUGAUUCUUUUUGUCUUCAACAAAAAAGUAAAAAAUAUUAUCCCGAAAGUUGUGAACUUCUUUUAAACAAUGAUAAUAGUAUUAUCAAUCAUGAUAAACGAAAUUUUAUAGAAGAUGGUUCAAGUUCCAAAUUUUUUAAUGAAGUUCUCAAACCAACUAAAUCUAGAGCUGUUACUUUUCAACUACCUGGAGCAUUUGAAGAAAAAUCAAUUAUGGAUUCAGACCAUGACAACAUUGAUCCAGAUUCAAAAAUACAAACAAAUAAAAGUCAUGAAGAAUCAAUGAAUCAACGAGAAGCACAACGAAAUUCCGGUAAUAUUUCACGUCAAUCAAAAUUCGUUGAACCUGAUAAUCGAGCCAUUCCAGCAUGCUUUGAAAUGGCUGCUUUAAAAGUUAGAGUGUCACGCAAUGAAUUUGGAAAUGUCACUAAUCACAAUGUUAAUCCUGAUUUUGUUGAUCAAGAAACUUGGAACUCAAAUGCUUUUACACUUAAACAACCAUACAAAAACCAUCAUUCACACUCAAACUCUCAAUCACAAUCCGAUAAUUCGAAAAAUAUUGUAAAAAAUACAAACAACAACGAUUUCAAUCAAUCUCAGUCAAGUUCAUCUGAAAGUGAUCGAGAAGAUGUUACACCUUUCAGACGAACAGAUAAUUUUAUUCUAACUAAUCAUUGGGAUAAAAAUAAUAAUCCAAAAUUAAAUGGUGUACAGAUUCAAAAUGAGAAUGAAGACAUAUUGUUGGUUAUCGGAUGACUGCCGAUAAAAAUGUGUGACUACGGUAAGGUACGAAACUAAAUAGCACAUACUGAAAAUUAAACAUUUCUUAGAUCCGUUCAUAGUAAUCUUCAUACUAAUCAAACAGCUUUAAAAAAUUGGGAAUAGAUCCUUGUAAAUCCUGUUAGAUGUGGAAAUAUCUUCUAUGAACACAUAUUACCUACAGAAAAUCAGGUGACACUAGACAACUGUUUCUCCCUAGACUGGAAUUCCACGAAAGUGAACUAUAAUGACUUCUGACAAUGUCAAGGACUAUAGGUCUGAACAUUUUGGAUCAGACUUCCUAUAGAAGUAUAAUAUUGAAAACUUCUUCCUAAAUAUAGAAUGAAAUAAAUGUUUAGUGCUCCUUAUUAUAUAUUAUUUCUUGAAAUGGUGUAUAUUGUGAUAGGAAAAGUUACCUUAGAGAAAUUUAGUAUUAAUGAUGUUUCACAUUAAAGUCUGUAGAAGAUCCCUUUAUUAACUAUAUUAAGUUUAAAUAUUUCCAAUCUUAUCAAUUUUGGGCUGAGCUGAUGUUCAUUUUGCAAUAAGGCGUUACAUGAAGGAUCUGUAUCAUAUAUAUAUCACAAGUUCUUGCAACAGACUGAUCACAGUUAUAAACUGACUUUAUUUUUACGAGAUAGCGACAGUGGUGUUUGGAUGAUUAGCCUAAAUGAGAAAACUUCGAUGAUUUAGUUAAAGUUUGAGUCCGGUAAAUUACUUAUAAUUUUCUUGGACUAAUUAUUUGUGUUGUUCUUUGAUAAGAAUACUUUAUUUUCCAAUUCUAAUAUGUCGUAUUACUGCACUCAAAUAUAAAAAUAUAUUCACUUGCUUCAUAUGAGUUAAAGCUGUAUAUUCAAUACCAUUACAGACUAACAUUAGAGGAGAAUAAGGGAAAUCCGCAUAACAAUAAAUAGGUGUUUAAUGGUGAUUCCGAACUUCUCAGGAGGAAUAACUUUACAAUGUCCUAUGGUUUUUUAAUACAUAUCGAUUCUAUUGAAAUCGUGAACACACCUAAGUUCGACCACCAUUGAAAUCCUGUGGGCUUGUGAAUUCUCCCUGAUGAAGAGUCCCAUAGUAUGACGAAACGUUCAUCAAAUAAUUCCAUGUUUCCAAUGGUGGUCUAACUUGAAUCUGUUCAUGAUUUCAAUAAAGUUCAACAGUCUUUACAACUCCUAACAAUAGGUGUUAUUUUGUCAGAUAAACUAACUUCAAGUUAGACAAUCUCCGUAGACUUCUUCCUUAAUCACGUUAGCUUAGUAGCCUGUACUAUUCAAAUAAUUUGGUCAAAGCAAAAAAUACUUAAUUAGCCAAAACACUAAUUAAAAUGGAAAGUCACUACCUGGGAUCAAUAAUUUACAGAGAUUCCCCGAUGUUUAACAAGGUAUACCUAUAAAGGAAUAGAAGGGUUUUUGAAUAUCUACAAGAAUUGUUGUCUGCUGACAUGGAUGAGAUGUUAAUUAUGUUUAACUAAUCACACUAUAAAUGCAAGCUAAUCACUGAUACUUAUUGUUCUUUUCACAAAACAAUACAACAUUGACAACUAGGAUACAAUACAAUAAAAAAGAAAAUGUUUAAUGAUCUACAAACAUAUGGAUUAUCAUUAUCAUCUCAAAAGCCUAAACAUAAAACCUCUUCAAUUAUUGUAACUGCAAAAAACCCAUUAACUUCAGGUGAACAACAACGACAUAGUAAUGCUGAUUAUGUAUUGCUUUAAAAUGAAAUCAUUGUAUAUAAUUAUUGUACGAUAAAAGAAAGUAUAAUUAAUUCAUGAAUCUUUAAUUCCGGAUUUUGUGUUGUUAUGAUACUGUAACUUGAAUUUUUUUUUAAUCGUUUUACAUCAUCAUCAUUAUCGUCCUACUUUAUUUGAUUAUGUUUAUAAUUCUAAUUUUUUGCUAUGAAAAACAUUUUGUUUAUGUUAAGUGUUUAUGUAAAAUAUGACAUUAAGUGUAAAAGACUGUCUACAGGUGAACUCAUCAUAACAAACUGUUAAAAAAUAAUAGUUUAUUAUGUAACAUUUUCACUUUUCGGUACUUUGUGUGUAUGCUUAGAUUGAACUUGAAUUCCUGUCAUGCUUUCUUAAAAUGCUAAUUUUCAUACAUUGAUCAUUUGCAUCCUACCGUGAUUAUUUUUCAGAUUUUUAAUAAUAUUAGGUGAAAGAGAAUUAGAGUAGUGUUUUUCACUAAUUUUUAGCACACAGUGAGAAUAUUGUGGGAGGUUGCAACUUGUAUAAUUGACCCAUAUAUUAUUUACUGAGAACGGAACAAUUUAAAGAUUAUUUUUGUUGCAAAAUGACGUUAUCUGUGAGACGAUUGAAAGUCAGAGAGUGAAGGGUUGCUUGAACCCUACUUUAGGGUCCGCGACAACUGACUUUCAUAACACCGUACAGGCCCAAAUUCAAGGCCAUCUAAUCAUGCAUACAGCACGAUAUUUACACACUUGUUAUGUUUAUGUCAGUCUGUGCAGCCAGAUACAAAAAUUCUGCCAUGCCACACGACCACAGUCCAACGAAAUUGACUAUUUAAUUUGGUUUGAACACUCUUAGCUUCCUUCUUAUCUAUGCUAAUCCCAAUCAGCAUUACGGGUCGAAGUAGGAGGUUCUUAGGUAUUUAUAACAUAUUUUCUAACCACCUCAUUCAAUAAAGGUUCGUAAUUGAUCAAUGGAUUCGCGUAUUUUUAUCAAGUAUCCUAUGUUCACUUGGUUGUAUUACUAUACAUGAACAAUGCUUCGGAAAUACAUAUAAUCAUAUACUUAUUUGGAGACUAUUGACGUCUUUUACCUUCAUUAGCCAAGUAUCAUGUCCAUAGAAAAAGAUAGAUAGGAUGAACUAAUGCACAGUGUGCUCGUCACAUCAUUGACAGACAUACAUUUCACGUGCACCACAAAUAACGUAGGCUGGCGAAACCCAAUCGAGUCUCCUAGCACCGUGCCUAGAUUUCGUCAGCCACCAACUCAGCAGUUUUAUUAAAACUAAGAUAAUUGAAGUGAUCGGUACACUCAACUAAUUCACUCCCUAUAAUUAGUUUAGUUGUUAAUGCAGAGCAGUCCUCAAGCAACAUUAUACAUUUAAGAACAAAGAUACGCACCCCGAAUAUGUUCGUAUUGUUGUUCAAAGAAAUCAGAACACCCUGCAUUUUGUCAGCGUCUUCACUAAAUAGAACUCUGUCAUUUGCAUACUUUAAUUUAACAUCUCGACAAUACGAUGAGAAGACGAAGGUUGUCAGGUAGGAAAUCAAUCUCUGAUAAGCUGGAUGAUGAGCAUCUCAAAAAGAAUGACAAUGGAGCUAAAUAGGGGCGAAGAAAUUAGGCAACGCUGACGAAUGCAAUUCAGUGUUUUCGAUUACAGUUCUCUGUAAGUUCUAACUCGACAGCGAAGUUCUUAUUGAGGAGCUUUCAGGUCUGGAUACUUUUCUAGUCCCUCCUCCAGUGACAAAAACUGCCACUAAACCUCUAAGCCGACGGAGUUGAAUAUCACUUUCGAAUGAGAAAACCGAUCAGAAUAAAGCAUUGGUUUCUAUCCUAAAACCUAUGGACAACUUCGGAUGAUUACUGAAGCAUUCUAAAUAUUAUACUAGCAAGAGCAAUACUUCAGCGGUUAUCAUAAGAGAAUUUUUGUCGUUUCUUACAUAUUGGGACGGUCAGCGGUCAAGCCCAGUCAGACAAGAUUAGGUCUAAUUUUCAAACUCCCAUUACCCUUAUGUUUGACAAGGAUAAGUUCGCUAAAAGGUGAUGUUUGAUCAUUCCAAACACUUGUCUGGUUAGAUAUCUCAGUUGCUCUUUCUUCCUCCUAAGAUUUCCUCGCCCAAUAAUGGUCACAACCAUCCUGUGAAUUUUAUCAUUCUGCUUGAGUUAACUUUGCAAUACCUCGACCUCUGAGCAUGUGUUGAGCUUCCGGGCAGCUAUCAUUUCAGUGGGAGUUCCCCCGAUAUUUCCUUACAGUAUUUUUUAGGUACUUAACGAACACCUCUGUUGUAUUUCCAGGCGUUUUGAUACCACACAAAUCUUCUUUGAGAUUAAUUCUUUUCCAAUAGUUCUUUACCUAAUUCUUUCUUAAAUACAUUCAUUAACUUUACAUCUUCGAGCUGAAUCCCAAAGAGUCAAUUUGUUGAGACUUCUCCGCGUCCAAUAAAACUAAUGUUCUCGCUACAGGACAGUUGGAGUCUAUUUGCUCCAAAAAGAAUGGUUGUCUUCUGUCGAACCUCUCCAACAAUAACUUCUCUUAACCCAAGUUAUUUCUAAAACAUCACUAUUAAGGGGUGAAAGCAUAUGAUAUCCAGCAGAUCAGUUUAGUAAAAUCGUAUUGCGACAUUCGAAAGUAAGACUAGCGAGCGAUGCUUAUUUUUGUAUAAGAAAAAGAGAAUAAGUCAAUUCCAAACAUUCUUAUUUGCACAACUAGGGCAAAAAACAAGAAGAAUUGUUACUAACAUAAUUUUGCAUUGAUACAAAAUUUCAGUUUUCCCCAUAUAAUCACCGAGAAUUAUUUUCGUUGUAAUAUCUAAGGAAAAUAUUUACGUAUAGAGAGUAUGGUUCACUGCUUGAUUAAUAAUCGAAGAAUCCUAAAACUCUUUCGAAGGGCUCCUGAAUCGCAGGGCCGAUAAUCAAAUCAUGGUAUCUACAGUUUCGUGAACGUUACAAUGAUACAUGAACAUCUUUGAAAUGUGAACUAUCCAACCCCAAAAGUACUCGUAUUACCAAGAAAUACAAAUAGUACACAUUGAACUCCAGAUGUUAAGAAAAGUACGGAAUUUAAUUUCAUUCACAGACGACUGUUCGAGGCAUCCUUACUGGUUCUAAAACGUUUAUACACAUUAGGGUCUAUACUAAACUACAUAGCUAUCACUUAAAAAGUAUCACUACAAUGAUUCACAGUAAUAAUACUAGCUUUGACGAAAAAAUUCUAUAAAAGUGUGAUCAAUUUCAAAGCAAGUAACGGAAAUAUUGAAAUUUUUUAAAGGUAC